UAUAGUCGAGUAGGGCCUGAAAGGGCCUUAAUACCUACCUAUCCAUCGUUGCCAAGUUUACGAAGUAAACAAGUUACGAGCGUGAAAAGCUGCCGGAUCUCAGCUAUGCAUGCCUGGGUUUAGGUCGUCCAACCGAGAGUUGGAAUUUUGUGUGAUUUUUGAAAAAGAAGAAAAGAAAAAAAGAAACAUUUAAAAAAAAUAAGCUUAACAACAGCAAGAAUAAUAAAAAAAAUCGUCAACGAAGUAAAGAUAAAAUUUUAAAAAGUUUUUUAUAAACUGCUGUUUGCUUGCUCUAAAGAGAAAUUUUCUUAGAAACAUUUUUGAGGCUGUGGUGAAAAAAUAAGAAGUAAACGAAAAAAAAGGACAAAAAUACAAAGAAUCGUUUCGAAAGAAAGAGACAAAAGGAAGCCGUUGAAAAAUGGACGAGGAUUUUGUAGAGCAAAUUUCUAACGCCAGCUUCCUCGCAGAAGCUGGGGACUUGAACGAUACGUUGAAUAUUACGAAGAUGAUUAAAAUGCCAAGACGACAUGUCAACUUUCUAGCCCAGACGAUCCUAACCCUCGUUUAUAUCGCCGGUGUCGUCGGCAAUAUAUCUGCUCUCGUCAUCCUCUUCAGUCGUGAUAAGAGAAGGAACCGGAAGCAUCUGCUGAUGCUGCGUUGUCUGGCAACGAACAACCUCGUCGCCCUUCUCGGAAUGCUGAUUCAAAUGAAUCUCACCCUCUACGUCGAAGAUGCGGAAACCCGGAUUUUCUGCGCCCUUCGAGUCGUCUGGAGAUUUUUUGGCCUCUUCAGCGGAUGCGUGGCGAUUGUGAUGGCCGUUGAACGCUGGCUCGCUUUGACAAGGCCUUUCGUUUACCAGAAGCAGGUGACGUAUCCGGUGAUAGUGCGAUGCAUAAUCCUGCUCUGGUUCGUCUCUGGAAUUCUCUGCUUCAUGCCGUUUGUCGGUUUUGGCGAUUAUUACAAGCAGGGCAUCGCCCCCGAUUACAAGAACGGGAAUUGCCUUCGUUACAGAGACGCGAAACACACCGAAGACAUCGCCUAUGCCUACGUCUUCUUCUUUUUCGGCACGGUUCUCUGCCUCUCCAUCGUUUGGUGCAAUCUUGCAGUGUCUCGAGCACUGUGCAGAUUGAGCCGUCGAUCGGCAGUAAUUCGCAGAGUGUCAAGAGCCUCGUCGCGAGCCAAACCUCUCCUCAGCAUAGCCACCGGACCUCCAUCCGAAGUCGUCGCUACAGCCGAAGAGAGAGCCUUCUCUCGACUGAUGGCCAUGCUCUCGAUAACGUUCGUCAUUUGCUGGAUGCCUCAGAUGAUCUCGAUUCCCUUGGCUCAGUACUCGCCGACUAUCGGGCAGGAGCAGGUUAUCGUUAGAAAAUUGAUAUUCGCGUUCUAUGUGAUCGCUGACAUCCUGCUCUGCGUCCACUUCACCCUAGAUCCUUACAUUUACGUGCUGUUACGAAUGCGCCCGAGUUUUCCCUUCCUGAAACCGCUCUGUCGGAUCUGUCGUUCAGGAAGAAGUCGCGCGAGCUCUUUCACAGGGACCAUCGACAAUCGAGGCAGCAGCGGAGAUCCGCCAACCCCGAUAACGGAAGCUCCGUCGACGCCGGUCAGCGAGGAAAUGGAGCCUCAACUGACGGCGGCAGCAGUCUGAGAUUGGCUUUUGCGAGCGAUCGGAAAUCGGGGGAAAAAAUACAGGGAGACACGGGUAUGAUUAUCAUCGAUCUAUCGGUCUCUCGCUGAAUUUUGAAAAAAAAAAAAAAAAAUGCAAAAUUCUUCGAUUUCUCAUUCCCCCGUCAUCGACGAUUCGCACGCGCGUUGUAAUCAAUCCUGCUAAAUAUAUUAUGCGAACAACGAUAAUGUUAUUAUAUUGUGUAAUAUUAACCGAUCGCGUAAAAUUGCGAUCGGUGCUGACCAGUUUUAACGUUUUAAAAUUCGUUAUUUUACGAGCCACGUUUACUUAUUUAUUACUUUUUCGAAGGAAUUUUUUUUUAUCAUUAGCGUGAUAAUCGGAAUCAGGUUUUAGAAAAUCUGACUUGAUUUUAAAUCUUGGACAUUUUGCAGCAUUAAUCCUGUAUACGCACUGCAUUUAUUCUAUUUCAUAGUUAUACUUAAAGUGUAAAAAUUAAGAAACGUUGUUCGGUGUUAACAAUGGCUGAAUGUUGCCUUUCUUAAAUAAUUUCUGUGUAAAGAAUAUGAGAAAUGUUUUGUAUAUGGAGAAUUUAACGCGGUACCUGAUUCCGUUGAUUAUUAAAUACUAUAAAGAUCUUUAGAACGAUUGAAGAUUUUUUUCAAAAUCACGCAGUGAUAGGUAUAGUAUCGAAGGAUAAUGAGAUUAUGCCCGAUGAGAAAUGGUAAUGACGAGUGUAAAUAUUAUUGUUUUGAAAAAUGGAAGGAAUGAAAAUUUGCCGUGCGAAUUCAAAUGGAAUUAUUAUCGUGUAUGGGUGUCUAUAUGCACGUUAAAAUAAUAAUAAUAAUCGAA